GGCCCAGGCACAUUUGGAGAUACUUUUCUUUUAUCCGGAAACUUAACUGGAGACGGACUUCCUGUUUGCCUCCAUUUUCUUUUUUUCCCCUCUCUUUCUUUAUCUGUCGCCUGUUUCCUUCAGUUCUGAAGUGGACAAAGGAGAAGGAAGAAAGCCUGCCCCUCUACCCUGUCUUUUUCUUUUUUGCUUCCCCUAUAUAUUCGUUUCAAGGUCUAGACCCGGCUGUGACCUCCUGAUCCGAUUUAGUCUCCCUUUCCUGCACUAUCGGAGGGGCUCCUAUAUUGGCGUCGCUCAGUCCACGUCCACGAACUCCGUCCAGUUUCUUCGCAGUCGGUCGGGAUGCUCAUGCUAUUGUCGACACGGUAAUCGGUUUCUGUCUCUAUCGUCGCUGGCCGUUCGAGCUUAGGUUGAACGAGGGAAAGCGGAACAUAUACAAGGACAAACUCAAAUGUUGUCGAAAUUCGAGGAGAAGCCCAGACCGGCAAUGGGCGCAUCAUGGAUGUGGAAAAGGAGGGUUCUGCGCUUCUCGGUCGCGCUGCUUCUCGUUGCUGGUUUUACUUAUGAACUGUGGCCCCGCGUCGAGUCCAUGCCCGAAGAACCCCCGACAAUUAUACAGAAUAUCACCAUCACCUCCGGCGUCAAGUGCGAACCCGACUUUGACGUUCUCCGCCGCUUGGAUAUCCGGAAACUUUCUCAGUAUGAACGGCGUGAAAUGAUCGUCGCUCGUUCCUCGGAGCCGGAGCUCCCCAUCCGACAACGGCUCAAUAUCCCCUUCCUUCAGCAACAAUCGUCGAGCGAUGAGGCUCGUAGGCUGGGUCUGCCGUCGCAGGACGAUUGCUACAUUAGAUCUCCGGUUACGGUGGAGGUGCCUCCAUCACUUGCGAAUGUGGAUGCUUCGCAUAUCGACUUUGGCGUUGCUACGACAUUAGAACGACUGAACGACUCGUUAGACGCCUUCACCCACUGGGCUGGUUACACACGCACUCGUAUUUUUGCCUUGAUUGAACCGGAUGAACGAGUGGAGGAAGUCCAAGCCAAGGCCGAUAGCCUGGGGAUCAACCUGUUCGUCACACAGUCGGAGGAGGAGUAUCAAACUCGAUACUUUUCAUUGGUCGCGCAUCUGGCGAAGAACAUGCGGCCGCGGACGCGAUGGGCCUGCGUGAUUGACGAUGACACCUUUUUCCUGUCCAUGGCGGCCUUGGUGGAAGCGCUUGCCCAAUACGACGACACGAAACCCACGUACAUUGGAGGUGUGUCGGAGAGUGUUUCACAAAUUGGCAUUUUCGGCCUGAUGGGAUUUGGCGGCGCGGGCGUCUUUCUGUCUCGUCCCCUGGUGCAGCAAUUGAGCAACCACGACGUCUUCGAAGCCUGUCAAGCCAUGCCUCACACCGGGGACCGGAGAAUCUCACUCUGCAUAUACCAGCACACGGAGGCGAAGCUGACGCUGGAUUAUCGACUGCGGCAGCUCGACAUGCGAGGCGACGUGUCAGGGUUCUUCGAGUCCGGACGCGAACAACCGCUAUCCGUACAUCACUGGAAGUCAUGGUUCCAGGCCGACAUGGCUAAACUCAGCGUCAUCACGAAUCUCUGCGGGGAUAAGUGUUUCCUGCGCCAGUGGCAGUUUUCAGACGGCUGGACCCUCACGAAUGGCUUUUCCGUCGCCAAAUACAGUACCGAGAUCGACUUGGACGACAAGACCAUGGAGGUCUCGUGGGUCGGCGACAACGGAGCCAUCGACGAGUCGUUCCUGCACGCGCUCGGUCCUCUCAGGCCCAAGGACAUGGGCAAAUUCAGCUAUAUUCUCGAGGACUCGGUGUUCCUUGGCAACCAAGUGCGCCAAUGGUACGUCCACCGCGACGCCGAGAUGGGCGAUCAGAUCAUCGAGUUGAUCUGGAAGAUGGCAUAGACGUUUAUUCCCACACUGAGAUGGCCGUGCUAUCCUCACUGUGCGGAUAUUGUUCUUUUCUUAACUCUUCGCUUAUGCGAUGGCUAUUCUAGACGACGCCUUCAUGCCUGGCAUGUUUUCACGUACAUAAUUCUUCCACUGUGCAUAUAGACGUUGAGACCGCUGCACCCGCCUUUACCAAUAUCUAAUCAAUCUCUUGUGGCUUUCGGGUGGCUUGCUCGAGGGUGGCUUGCUUUCUUGCUAAUUAGGUUUCAUAAUGAUAUGCAAUAUACCCAUUCUUGAU